AUGAAAAAAUCUCCUUCCUUUGUUUUCCUGAUCUUCUCACUCCAUUGCUUCAUAUCCUCCUUAGCCUGGAUUGAUGCAAACAUCACUACUGAUAAAUCUGCACUUCCUAGCCUCAAAUCUUUAAUCACUUCAGAUCCAUAUGAUUCUUUAUCUACUUGGUCUCUCUCUUCUUCUCCAUGCAAUUGGGUUGGUGUCACCUGCAAUACUCACCAUGGAAGGGUUCGUUCCUUGAACCUUGGUGGUAUGGAUCUUAAAGGUACCAUAUCUCCACAAUUGGGGAAUAUCUCAUUUCUUGUUGAACUUGAUCUUAGUAGCAACAGUUUUUAUGGUCAAAUACCAAGAGAGUUAGUUCAAUUGCAUAGAUUGAAACUAUUGAACUUGAGCUACAAUGACUUUCAUGGACAAGUUCCAGCAUGGAUAGGAGAUUUAUCCAUAUUGGAGUACUUAAAUAUUGGAAAUAAUAGUUUUGAUGGAUCAAUUCCUGUUGAGCUAGGAAGACUCAAGCGUUUGAAGAUUUUACGACUUGCAGUUAAAAAGCUUUCAGGAAUUAUUCCCCAAACAAUUUCUAACUUAUCUUCACUUGAACUGCUAAGUCUGUCUCAUAACACUUUGUCAGGAGACAUUCCCGAUGAAAUUGGUGAUCUUUCACAACUAAAGAUGUUGUAUCUUGAAGUGAAUCAACUUGCUGGUUCUAUACCAUCUUCAUUGUUUAACAAUUCAAAGCUACAAGAGAUUGAACUUUCAAUGAAUCAAUUAUCAGGGAGUCUUCCAACAAAUGUGUGUCUUGAGCUUCCAAAGCUUGAACUAUUUUUUGUGGUUGAAAAUGAUUUGUCUGGCGAAAUACCUUCCAUUUGGCAUCAAUGCAAAGAAUUAGCGCAAUUAGAAUUAAGUUAUAACAUGUUCAACCCAGGAAUCAUUCCAAGUGACAUUGAAAAUUUGACCAACCUCCAAGCAUUAUCUCUUUCCGACAUCAACUUGCAAGGUGAAAUUCCAUUGUCUCUCUUCAACGUUUCUUCUCUAAGAAUUGUGGGUUUAGCAAUAAACAAUUUGAAUGGUAAUCUUCCAAUACUAACCAGCAAUGAAACGUUGCUAGAAAUAUUACAUCUACAGGUCAACUCCUUCACAGGUAGAAUUCCUUCAUUUAUUUGGAACAUGUCUUCAUUGAAAAAGGUCAGCCUUAGUUGGAAUCAUUUAAAUGGUAAUUUGCCUGAGGAAUUGUGCCAUCAACUCCCUUUACUUGAAGCCUUCGAUGUUGCUGGUAAUCAAUUAGAGGGAAGCAUUCCAAAAUCAAUAAGUAAUUGCAUAUCUUUAAAGGAAUUGUAUUUGGGUCAUAACUCUUUUGCAGGUUUUGUACCUAGAGGCAUUGGUGAACUUGAGAACCUCAAUCUCUUAGACUUGAGCCAAAAUCAUUUGAAAGGAGCAAUUCCUUCCAAUAUAUUCAACAUUUCAACGUUGACACGUUUGAACCUUGGUGGUAAUUUCCUCUCUGGCACUCUCCCAUCAUAUUUAGGAAUUGGCAUUCCCAACUUGAGGGAAUUAUUACUGGAAGAUAAUGAACUUAUUGGACAAAUUCCAAGUAACAUAUCAAAUGCUUCUAAGCUCAUUAAGUUGGAUUUGUCAUUGAAUAAAUUUAGCGGAGCUAUACCCAAUGUACUUGGACAUUUAACAAACUUGAUGAAAUUAGAUUUGCAUGGGAAUGAUUCGAGUGGGUUAAUUCCUGAUACAGUUAACAAAUUACAUGGUCUUCAACAUUUAAGCCUCGGUAGCAAUAGAUUGUAUGGGUCCAUCAUAAAUGAACUUUGCCAACUCAAAAGUCUAAGUGAGUUGUAUCUUGCCAACAACAUGUUUUAUGGAGUGGUUCCAGGGUGCCUUGGGAAUACUUCUCUACGGAAGUUGGAUUUGAGCUCUAACAAAUUGAUUUCUCAUAUACCCUCUUCUCUUUGGAGUCUCAAAGAUAUCUUGGUCUUAGACAUAUCCUCCAAUGCAUUGAGUGGAAUAAUUUCACCAAAGGUAUCAAACUUUAGAACAAUUAUACUAUUGAACUUGUCAAGAAAUCAAAUUUCAGGAGGCAUCCCUACAACCAUGGGUAGCCUACAAACUUUGCAAACCCUAUCUUUGGCCCAAAACAAAUUACAAGGGAAUAUUUCUGAAUCGCUUGGUAGCAUGAUAAGUAUGAAAUCUUUGGAUCUUUCCUAUAAUUAUUUGUCUGGUGUGAUUCCAAAAUCCUUAGAGUUGUUAAUCUAUCUUCAACACAUUAAUGUUUCUUAUAAUUUAUUGCAUGGAGAAAUUCCAAGUGGGGGCCCUUUUCAAAAUUUCACUUCUGAAUCUUUUAUAAUGAAUAAUGAUCUUUGUGGGAAGUCACAAUUACAAGUUCACCCAUGUAGGAAAGAACACAAGCACAUGUCAAAUAAAUUGAAGCUAGUGAUAAAGUGCUCAUUGCCUAUCAUAUGCAUGGUUGUCAUUUUGGUUCUUUCAGGCAUUGUCUUUCUAAAGUGUAAGAAAGAUCAUAUUAAGGAUUCAACCAAUGGGGAUUUAAUAAAUUUUGAGACAUCAACUAGGAUAUCCUAUUAUGAGCUUUGGCAAGGAACAAAUGGAUUUGAUGAGAGUAAUCUUUUGGGCUCUGGAAGUUUUGGAUUAGUAUACAAACCAACUCUUUCAACCUCAAAAAUAGUUGCUGUCAAAGUAUUUAAGUUAGAAAUGGACGAAGCAUUAAGAAGCUUUGAUAUUGAAUGUGCUACCAUGUGCAAUUUACGCCAUCGCAAUUUCAUCAAGGUCAUCAGUUGUUGCUCAAAUGAUCAUUUCAAAUCUCUAAUAAUGGAAUUCAUGGAAAAUGGGAGUCUAGACAAAUGGUUAUACUCUCAUAACUAUUAUUUAAAUGUCUUGCAAAGGUUGAACAUAAUGAUUGAUGUGGCAGUUGCUUUAGAGUAUCUUCAUCAUGGUUCUUCAACACUAGUUGUUCAUUGUGAUGUGAAACCAAACAAUGUUUUAUUGGAUGAAGAUAUGGUAGCUCAUCUUAGUGACUUUGGUAUUGCUAAAUUGUUUGGUGAAGGACAACUAGAAAUUUAUACCAAAACUUUGGCUACAAUUGGCUAUAUGGCACCAGAGUAUGGAUCAAAAGGAGUUGUUUCUAUCAAAGGAGACGUCUAUAGUUAUGGUAUUUUGCUAAUGGAAAUCUUUACAAGGAAGAAGCCGACAGAUGAGAUGUUUGUUCAAGGAUUAAGUUUGAAAGAUUGGCAUCAUUGA